AUGACUGUAAGCGCAGCUUUGGAUUUUUCGCACCACUUCUCAGUAGAGACUAAGUCGCGUAAAGCAUCACCUCUAAAGUCAUGUAUCCAUCUUUUCAAUAAUCCAGACAUUGUUUUCCUCGGAGGUGGGCUACCCAUGAGUAAAUACUUCCCAUGGGAUAACCUUCAAGUACAAUCACCACUUCCUCCGUUCGAGAAUGGAAUUGGUGCUUCGCCUUCUGGAAGUGAAAAAGACACUUGCCAUGUUCAAAUCCGCAAAGACGAAACAACCAAAGCCGGAGAUACCAUUGAUGUUCCUCUGUCGCGUGCUUUGCAGUACGGUCACAGUUCAGGCCAGCCUGAAUUUUUGUCCUUUGUGAAAGAACACACUCAGCUUGUGCACAACAUGCAAUACUCCGACUGGGAAGUGUUGGCCACCACUGGUAACACCGGUGCUUUUGAGUCUGCGCUAAGAAUUUUCUGUGACAGAGGUGACACUAUUCUUGCGGAGCAAUACUCUUUUUCAUCUUCCAUCUAUGCCGCUGAAGCCCAGGGUAUCAACGUUUUCCCUGUAACCCUCGACGACUACGGUUUGAUCCCAGAAAGACUUGCAUCGGUUCUGGACAACUGGAACCCAGAUGUUAAGAAGCCCAAGCUUUUGUACACCAUUCCAACGGGACAAAAUCCAACUGGAUCCUCCUUGAGUGAUGACCGCAAAGCUGAAAUUUACCGCAUUGCUCAGAAGCACGACUUGAUCAUCCUGGAAGACGAGCCAUACUACUUCCUACAAAUGGAUAAGUACCAGGGAGACGUAUCGCAAAGAAAAAAGACCACUUACAGCUCCCACUCGGAGUUUUUGAAAUCUCUUGCUAAAUCGUUCAUUUCUUUGGACACCGAGGGCCGUGUUAUCAGAAUGGACUCUUUCUCCAAGGUUUUGGGGCCCGGUACCCGUCUAGGGUGGAUUGUCGCUUCCAAGCAAAUUGUCACCGCAUUCCUCCGUCUCCAUGAAAUGACAGUACAGAACCCAUCUGGUUUCAGUCAAGCUAUUGUCGCCGGGACCCUGAACCGCUGGGGUCAAGGCGGAUUCCUGGACUGGUUGAUCGGUUUACGUCAAGAAUACAACGAGAAGCGUGAUGUCGCCAUAGAUGCGCUUCACAAGUACGUCCCAGAGGACUCUGUUUUCCACGUCAAUCCUCCAAUUGCUGGUAUGUUCUUCACUGUCAGCAUUGACGCAUCUAAGCAUCCGGAAUUCACCACCAAGUAUGAAUCUAAACCUGAGCUUGUGGAACAAGCAAUUUACGAAAAGGUCAUUGAGAGCGGUGUUUUGAUUGUGCCUGCUGCAUGGUUCAAGGUCGAUGGUGACACCCAGCCGCCUCAACCUGCCGAGAGCAAGAAGGAGCUGGACCCCACCCGUGUUUUUUUCAGAGGUACAUAUGCCGCUGUUCCUUUGGACAAACUGCAAGAUGGUAUCAAGAGAGUCGGUGUCGCUCUUAAGGAAGAAUUCAAGCUUUAA